AAUAUAAAAACGCAGGAGAAGACGGUUGAAUUCAAGAUGGAUGUUUCUGAUGAAAGCAUCAAAAGGGCAGCUAUGAAAGUUGUCUGGAUGUUUUCAGUUACUUUGGUAGACGUCAAUGAAAAAGGUAAACUAAAGGUGAGGGGAUGUUUUGAUGAGAUUGAAAUGGGGAGAAUACUUUGGGAGGAGAUAGAUAACUCUGUUGAUAUAAUAACCGAUCCAAUGCAAAGCUCGGAGCAAAAUUAUCACAUCCCGGGUUUGAAUACAGCCUACAAUUAUCUGAACCCUCCGAAAGAACAGGAGAUAGCUGUAUUCAAGUUUCAAGUUCUUGAUGGACGUAUCAUAUGGGAAGCUAUGCAAGUUAUCUGGGAGUUUUCAGAGGUUACUUCGGUAGAGGUCAAAAAUGGUUUUUAUCUAAGAGUGAUGGGAGGAGAAUUUCACAAAUUGGAAAUGGUGAUGAAACUAAAGUACGUAGAUAAAGAUGUUAAACUAUGUCAAGGAAAAGAUGUAGAAGUAGAGCCGAAAAAGCAACCAGAUGCCGAUAAUACAAUACCGAAAAAGACGUUCGGACACGGUACUCGUCAGUAUGAACCUGUACAAAGACAACAAGGUAUUCAUAACCAAGCAAGACAGCCGCUAAACAACGGUCCUGCGGAUGGACCUUUUUAUGUACAAACAAAUCAGCUGCCAAUGUAUUGGCGUGAAGUUAUGGAUAAACGUAAUGCGAAAAACCCCUUUCUGCAGCAACAAAAAGGAGGCUACGCUGCACAGAACUUUGGUAAGAAGAAGCAACAACUUGAUCAAGUGAAUCAGCCAAAGCCAGAAGGAGGAAUGUUUAAAAAUUGGUUUGGUGGCAAGAAACAACCUGAUAAGGUUAAUCAUGAAGUAUACAAGCCUCGAAACGCCGAGUUUCACUAUCCGCAAAUGAGAAAAGGUCGAGAUGGAAAAUAUAAAUAUGUGAAUCCAUUUACAGCGUCACUAGGUUCCGAAGGAUCAACAUCAAGUUUUAGAGCAUCAGAGUUUGCCACAAGCAGUAGGCGGAACCGUUCGUCUAGUUUAUCAGGAUCAAGCAGUGCUAUGGACUUAUCUCAGUUCACACAACAAGGCAGUAGUAUGGCAUAUUCCUCUCAGUUCACACCACCGAGCAGUUCGUCGAGUUUCUCCCACUCACGGUCAAGAAGUUCGGAGAAUCUCUCUCAAAGCACAUUCUCAAGUAGUAUAGGGAACCCCUAUACGUCCUUGGGUUCAAACAGAUCGAGUCAGUCUAACAGAGGCCAAAGUUCAACACAAACACAACGAAGGCAUGCAUGAUCAGUUGCAAAGAAAGGGAGACUUGUCAAAAAUAUGGUCCAGCGUUUUAUCUAGUCUAUCACCAGUUUGAGCACCAUGGACUAGAAACAAUAAAAGUAGAAUUUCAUAUCUUCUUGUACAAUAAAGUUUGUUUCAUUAUCUGUCAUGUGGUUUUAUAAUUAUGUAUUGGCGAUCUAUUGUGUAUUUUGUUAACAUUAUUUAUGAUUUGGUCCUCUAGUUUUGUUGAGUCGAGUGAUAUCGUUUAUGUUGAU